GGCGCCCCGCCCCCCCCCUGCCCUUUGACCUUCCCGCCUCUGUAUAUAUAGCCUGUGUGGCGAUCCCAGUUCUCCUGGCAGCCGUCAUGAAGGGUACAGCCUCGCUCUGCUGCUUCCUCUACCUGCUGCUUUUGCAGGCCACAGCAGAGGAAGAAGAGUUCACCUCUGUGCUCAGAGACCGAUCUCACAUCGACGAGACGCUACGACUUGCAACUGAGGAGAAAGCAGCGGACUAUGCAGCGGCUCUGCAGAGGUUGCGGAAGAUCUACCACACGUCCAUCAAGCCGAUGGAGCAGGCCUACAAGUACAACGAGCUGAGGCAGCACGAGAUCUCAGCCUACCCUGGACGAACCCUGGGGGACUCCGCCACAGAUGGAGAGAUCACCUCCAAACCCAUGGUGCUGUUUCUGGGACCCUGGAGUGUUGGGAAGUCCUCAAUGAUCAAUUACCUCCUGGGCUUGAGUGACAGCCCUUAUCAGCUCUACACGGGAGCUGAACCCACUACCUCUGAGUUCACCGUUAUCAUGCACGGGGAGAAGAUCCGCUCGGUGGAGGGCAUCGUCAUGGCGGCGGACAGCUCCCGCUCCUUCUCCCCCCUGGAGAAAUUCGGCCAGAACUUCCUGGAGAAGCUGAUCGGCAUUGAGAUGCCGCACAAGCUGCUGGAGCGCGUGACCUUCGUGGACACGCCGGGAAUCAUCGAGAACCGCAAGCAGCAGGAGAGAGGCUAUCCGUUCAACGACGUCUGCCAGUGGUUCAUCGACCGCGCCGACCUGAUCUUCGUGGUGUUCGACCCCACCAAGCUGGACGUCGGCCUGGAGCUGGAGAUGCUCUUCCGGCAGCUGAAGGGCCGCGAGUCCCAGAUCCGCAUCAUCCUCAACAAAGCGGACAGCCUGGCCACCCAGGACCUGAUGAGGGUCUACGGAGCCCUGUUCUGGAGCCUGGCUCCCCUCAUCAACGUGACGGAGCCCCCGCGCGUCUACGUCAGCUCCUUCUGGCCGUACGACUACGCGCCCGACACCAGCCGCGAGCUCUUCAAGCGGGAGGAGAUCUCCCUCCUGGAGGAUCUGAACCAGGUGAUCGAGAACCGCAUGGAGAACAAGAUCGCCUUCAUCCGCCAGCACGGCAUCCGCGUGCGCAUCCACGGGCUGCUGGUGGACCGCUACGUCCAGACCUUCAAGGAGAAGAUGAGCUUCUUCAGCGACCCGGAGCUCGUCUUCCAGGAGAUCGUGGACGACCCGGACAAGUUCUACAUCUUCAAAUCCAUCCUCGCCAAGACCAACGUCAGCAAGUUCGACCUGCCCAAUCGCGACGCCUACCGCGACUUCUUCGGCAUCAACCCCAUCACCACCUUCAAGCCUCUGUCCGCUCAGUGCUCCUACAUCGGAGGCUGUCUGCUGGACAAGAUCGAGAGGGCGAUCACCAACGAGCUGCCCGCCCUCCUGAGCAGCAUUAACUCUGGCAAGCAGCCGGGCCUGUCGUCCUGCGAGGCCACCGGCUGCGGCGAGAAGCCAAAGAACCGCUACCGCAAGAACUGAGGAGCGAAAAAUAACUUGGAGGGGGUGCAGAGAAGGGGUCUGGUGAAGCCAAGCCCAUGUUUGUGAGAAUGCCUGUAUUGUUGAGGAGGCGGAGACGAGGAGAUUAGUGUUUGUUUGUUCCUCGGGAGAGUUUGGGGAGGUGCAUUUACAGACUGUGGGAAUGAGGCAGAUAGUGGGGGGGGGGGGGGGCAUCGUUUGAUGAGGCAGCUGAAGGACACGAGUGCUGAAGAAGGGAGAACCUGCCACUAAUGACACCCUCCCACGCACAAUCACAGCGGACUGUCUGGGAUUUGGGGGUGUGAGUAUAAGUAACAGCGUGUGGUCAAGUCAGAAAUGGAGGAAACAAGGUGAAAUAAAAAUACCGGCUCCCUUUGAUGCGAAUAAAAAUAGCAAAAGUGGAAACAGGAGUUGUACGUUUGUGUGGUGAACUCUCGAACGUUGCACGGCAGCGGGUCAUUAAACACUUCAGGGGGUGUGUGUGAAGUAGCAUCCAGGACUUUGACACAGAUCAACAUAAACAAUGCACGUUAGAUAUCAGCUCAUUUGAGAAACGCAGGUAUUUUCUUCCUGAUCUUCGUGACACUGAAACCAAAACCCGUCCUGACAUUUAUUGAUUAAACAGUCUUGGUUGUGGACGACCUGUGAGUUGUGACGCAUGCAGAAGUCGGGGUUCAAUGGAGCCUUCUGAGUGGGAAGGCGGCGUCCGAGUGAAUUCAGCUCUUUUUAUGACAGAAUUAUAUUACAAAUACGAGCUGAACGGUCCCUAAAGCACCACACAUACCAUAUGGGAUAUGUUUCAAUUAUAGCUGCCUCUGUCUGUGUGUUUUUCAUUUCUUCUGCAGGUUAGAAAGAUAUUCAUGGAUUUUUGGAUGUAAACAUUAUAAACUUAUUGAAGUGGGCUACAUCUGUCUUUAGAAAACGCAAAGGCCUGAAUCAUCAAAAAACAGGUAGGUGGUCAUAGGUUCAGCUCCAAGUUAACCCGUGGACAGACGCGCCUCCCGUUUCCUCUGUUCUCCCUCAUUAACCCACAGUGGAGUGUUUUUAAACUAAAUGUGAAACAUAACAUGGAAAAUAAACCAAACUAACCAGUUUAAUUUAUUGCUUUUGUAAUUUAGUUGAGCACGCGCUUCACAGGAUGCGUUUAGACACUGCAGACAUAGAACGUGUCCACGAGGGGGCGCUGCGUAAGAAGUUAUAACGUUCUCAGUAAAACUCAUUUUAGCGGUAAUAGUGAGGUCAUGGAUUAGGUUAGCGUUGUUAUUUGGCUGUGCCUUUGCUCUAUUUUAUUAUCAGGUAUAUUUCAUUGACAUGUGAAUAAGAUCUGGAAUGAGUGUGUGUUUCAUUAAAAAGGUUGUUGGGUCACGUUAUUGUUUUGCUUUGGUAUGAAAUCUACAUUAGAUUUGGUCCUUUUCCUGAAAGCUUGAGCACGAGGACUAAACAAUUGUGACUAAGUAGUGAAACCUUGGGAUUAUUUUUGAUAAAACAAUUAUAGCAAAACUCAUAACAAACUCAAGAAGGAAGCUGCCUUGUCUCUGCCCACUCAUCCGUGUUCCUCUCUGUUACACCUUCUUACCAUGAGUCUGAACAUUAGCCGCCCUCUGACUUUUGGGUGUGAAGGACGGAUUUACCCUGAAGCUGCAUUGCACCAACAGCUGGUUGUGACUCGAGGUGGGAGGGAUGUGUGUGAGGUGGAAGUGGGUGCUUGAGUAUGUUUUUGUUUGUUUUGGCAGAUUGUAUAUGAAGAAUCUCCCGAAAACAUGUACUUAGACUGAACAUGUGAAUAAUGACGGAAAACGUUUUUAAUCAUGGGAAAAUGUUAAAUCCAUGAAUCACCAACUAUCUCACAGAACUCACACACUAUUUGAGUAAUUACUUGAGCUUUAGACGCACAUACAUUUGCAUUAAUAUAGAUUAGAAUAUAACAGUGCAUUUUGUUGUCAACUAAACAAUCACUUGUUUUAUUCCAGAAUAAAUCUUGAAACACG